GUGAAUAGCCCCGACUCGGACCGGCGGGACAAGAAAGGGGGCAACUACAAGAAAAGGAAGCGCUCACCCUCUCCCUCGCCCACCCCGGAGGCGAAGAAGAAGAACGCAAAGAAAGGCCCCUCCACCCCCUACAACAAAUCCAAGCGCGGGCACCGUGAGGAGGAGCAGGAGGAUCUGACGAAGGACAUGGACGAGCCCUCGCCAGUCCCCAACGUGGAGGAGGUCACUCUGCCCAAAACAGUGAACACCAAGAAGGACUCGGAGUCUGCGCCUGUCAAGGGGGGCACCAUGACAGACCUGGGUAAGUCCAACCCUGUGUGCUGA